GGUAUAAAUAUAAGGUAGUGCCAGGAUGAGCACUCAAACACAAAAGAACAGCAGAUUAAGAAGAACCAACUUAUUGUACCUUCAUAGCUACAAGGAUGCCCAAGCUGUAUUUCUCUAAGAUUUUGUUCAGCCAGCUGAAGGAUGAUAAUUCCAAAAACAGUGAGAAAAAGAAACCAAAAAAUGUCGGAAAGGAUCAGAAAGGCAGUGUCCAGUCCAUUGUGGUGAACUCAGAUAGUCCACUUGCAAAGCCUUCCAAAUCCUGUACUGAAAAACAGACUCUUCCUCAGUCUCUGGAAAAACUGCUUGCAGAUAAAUGCGGUCUUGCUGCAUUCAGAGUGUUCCUACGGUCAGAGUUCAGUGAGGAGAACAUUGAGUUCUGGAUGGCCUGUGAGGACUACAAGAAGAACACGUCUCCAGCUAAUCUGUCGUCCAAAGCUAAAGAGAUUUACGAAGAAUUUGUUCAGUUACAGGCUCGAAAGGAGAUCAACAUUGACCAUCACACCAGAGAGUCUAUUAAAAAGGCCAUUCAAGAGCCCAGUCUUUCCUGCUUUGAUGAAGCCCAGAAACAAGUUUAUAGUCUAAUGGAAAAGGACUCCUGCUCCAGGUUCCUGAAAUCUGAAAUAUAUCUAAAUCAUGCGAAUGCCCCAAAGACUUGUGAUUAUGAUGGAUGAGAAAAAACAUAGAAAGGGCAUGGAAAUCCAGAUCUAAAGCUUCUGUCAUUCUCAAGCACUCACACAAGAGUGGUGGCUGGCCGAGGGACAUAAAUAAGAGAGCACCUUCUGUAGAAUGGACUCUCCCAAAGGGAGACAGAGACAACUGAAAGACUGUGCAGGAUAUGACUAAUACCUUACUUCUUAAUAUCAUUCUACAAGAACAAAUGUAUUUUCUUCCGUGUGAGAAGUUAUGUGAUAAUGUAGACUCUAGUACAACUGAGUUUGUGUAGGAAUGUAUGAAGAGCGUUGUAUUAACUGUGAAGAGACUGUUCAAGGAAUUCGAUGUUGGAGGUUAUCUGUACCAGUUAUGAGAACACUGGGCAGCUCUUUAUGCCAAAUUGCAAUUUGCACCAUUUUUUGUUAAACCAAAAUUAAGGUACACCUUUUAAUGCUUACAGGAAAUAAAAACUCCCAAAUGUAUUGUUAUUAGAUAGCUUUUUCUUUCACAAAGUCUUACCUAGAGAGUCAGUCAGUAAGAAGUGUUUGAUUAAUGUGAAACAUGUUAAGUAAUUGAAGUAAAUAAGCUUAUAUAUUUAUUUUUGUUAUCAAAUCAGAUCCAAAGUAAAUAUUUGCAAAAGUUA